AUGGGGCGCCUGCGCAGAUGGAAAGACGUGGCUAAUGUGGCGACGCCACCAGAUGAGACAUGCAGCGAGGCUCCCAAAACUGAGUCCACGGAGAGGUUCUUCCAAGUCGAGAACCACCUGCACCUUAGCCUGAGCCUUCGGCUAGGGGCAAUCUACCCUGAGGCCGAGCUGCGCAGAAGAUGCCCACAGGACAAACUCCCGAAACUGGAAAAGUGCCUGUCCGACAGCUCCAUACUGAAAGAGGUCGCAGCGCCGGAGAACCUCAAAGGAAAAGAGCCAAGCCGGCAAGCAGCUACGCCCAAGAGAUCGGGUCCCUCAGAGGAGGAUGCCAGGCGCCUCAAAAGAAGAGCCCUCAGCAAAAAGCUUUGCCUCGGCCAGCUGGUGUGGGAUUGUUCCAUGCACCCGGCGCGCCCGGCAAGGAUCAUUGCCAUUUGCGCUCAAGAAAAGCGGCCCUUCCUGGUUCGUCAUUUGGACACUGCGCCUGGCUCCACUAACUUUGCCGUUAACGACGUGGUGAGCGUCAACGGACGCCCAGGCGUUGUGACUUGGGACGGGCGGCCGCAACACCAGUUCGCCAAAGUCAGGUUUGAAGACGGGAAGGAAAGCGAUGUCCUGCCAGUGUGCAGUUUACAGGCCAACAAGCCGCCAGUGGAAGAAGAGGUCUUUGUGUCGGACUUUGAUCUCGAGUCGCUUGAACUCAGCCACCUUCUGCGGCCAGGAAUCGCUGGCCCCACUCCCAGCUCCGCCAAACCCACUCCCGGAACUCUUGCAGUUCCAGCGGGCAUCGCACUGAACACCUCGGAAGCGAAGGCUGCUUUGCACGGCCUCCGAGCGGGACAGGUGUGCUGGAGCUUCGGAGGCAGCCGCCUGCCCUGGCCCGUAAAGCUUCUGCAGGAGUGCCCAGAAACCCGGACAUGGAAGGUGCGUUUUCUGGGGGCAGAGUGGAGAGAGGAGAGCCUUUCGGUGGCAUGCCUGCGGCCGUACGUGGAAGCAGACUCUGCCGUUUUAGCAGGUGUAUUAAAGACUGCGGAGGAGGAGCAUGCUAAAUGCUGUGAAGCUGCCGCCGAGAAAGCAUCGACCAGCAAAGAUGCCGCGACGGAAGCUGUGUAG